AUGGCAACUUCCACUCGAUUGAGAAACGAUCAGCAACUUGAAAUUUUUUGCAUUGCUUGGCUAGAUGACAACACUCAAGCCACUGAUAAUCGGGAAACGGAACAACAUUUGCGCUCAAUUAUUAAUCGUCUCAAGCGAUUUAGAAAUGUCGAAGAAUGCGAAAGAUUUAUCAAGGAUCGAUCGACAGAUGAUCGAAUCAUUCUCAUUACUAGUGGUCGAUUAGGUCGAAAAAUUGUCCCAGCAAUUCACUCAAUCCGGCAAAUUAUAUCAGUUUAUAUAUACUGUAUGGACGAGGCAGGUAACAAGGAGUGGUCCAAGAUAUACACAAAAGUCAAAGCUGUCAUGACUCAAUUGGAUAAGCUCGUGCUUCGUAUCAAAGCCGACCAUAAAGUUCAACAAAUUAUCGAACAGCCAUUGUGCAUGGAUGUAUUCACUCCCGGGAAUUCAACUGGUAGCGUCAAUGGUAAAUUCGUUUUCACACAAGUUCUCAUCGAAUGUCUUUUACGACUUAAAUAUAACGAGCAGGACAAAAAGGAACUUAUCAAACGAGUACAAAAAGAAUACGAAGGUAAUGGAUUCGAGCUGGACAAUAUCAGAGAAUUUCAAGAAUCCUAUUCGCCUAGUGACGCUAUAUGGUGGUAUACACGAGAUACAUUCUUUUUCAAGACACUCAAUGGUGUUUUACGUACGGAAAAUCUUCACAUGAUCUUUUUGUUUCGUUCGUAUAUUGCGGAUAUUCAACAUCAACUAAAAAGACAUCAAGUUAGAAAAGCUGUGCGCGUUUAUCGUGGACAAUUGAUAUCGAAAAAUGAACUGAAAAAAUUACAACAGUCCUGUGAGCAAUUUAUCUUUAUAAAUUCAUUCUUUUCGACCAGUGUUAACGACGAAAGCGCUCGGCGAUUUCUCUGUGGCAAUGAUGUUUCGGAGAAUCUUGAACGAGUAUUAUUUGAAAUCCAUGCUGAUUGUCAAACAGCUGCAACAAAACCAUUUGCUAAUAUUCAAUCGCUUAGUGAUUAUCCGGAUGAAGAGGAAGUUCUGUUCAUGAUUGGCUCGAUCUUUCGUUUGAAGAGCGUCCUUCGUAGUAACGAUGAAGACAUGUGGAUAGUUCGAAUGACGCUGUGCAGUGAAAAUGAUAGUAGUUUACAAGAUGUUCUACGAUAUAUGAAGCAACAAUUAGGUGAGGGUGAAACAAGUCUUCGAACUUUAGGAAAAGUCUUAUGGAAAAUGGGAGAUCUAGAUUUAGCUGAAUUCUAUUUGACUCGUCUUCUGAAUAAUCUUCCACCGCAGGAUCCGGUUAUCGGCGAUCUAUAUGAAGAGCUCAGCGAAAUUGCAGGACUGAGAAAAAAUUUUGAUAAGAGUAUUGAAUAUAAAAACAAAGCAUUGGAAUAUCAAAAAGCGAAAAAGUUAUUGCCUAAACCAGACUCCACUGAAGAUCACAAGCCGAAAAAACCUGUAUCGCCGAUACCUCCAUUUAAAAAGUCGCCCACUCCAUCACACAGUAAAGAGGCGCCGCUUAAUGGAAACAAUGUUCCUGCACAAACGUGGCCGGUCUUUUCUGAAUUGGGUCUACAGAUUGUUUUUGCUCAACACACAAGUGUGAUUACGGUCGACCAUGGAGCAACACAUGCAGAAAUUUUGGUUCGAACGCCGGAUAACAUUGAACUAGUCGGUUCGCUCAAAAAUGGCUGCGAUGAGGAAGUCUUCGGUGGAAAUAGAGUUUUCUUUAAUAGACACAGAAGACUGUGGCAAUGUCUUUUCGCACCCAACGACAACGGGACAUUCACGGCUACGAUCUAUGCGAAACGAAAAUUAGAUCUACGCAGCUUUACGAGUGCAUGCAGUUACAUUCUCGAAGCGAGACAAAUUCCUUUGAUACCCUUAUCAUAUCCUACCACAUGGCAGCUGUUUCACGAUCUCGAUCUUGAAAUCGAAAUGCCGUACAAUCAUGCUACCAUUACCUGGCCCAAGAGUGCAUCUUAUGUUGAAAUUCGAAUGCGAGCUCCUGAUCACGUAUACCUCUCAUGUGAUAUUCUAUAUAACAAACGGAAAAUCGAUGGUGGAGCGUUGGCACAGUUCGAUGCCACUAAGCAUAACUGGCAACUGUUGUUUGCGCCCCAGCACACAGGUUUGCAUACGUUAUUUGUCUAUGCGAAACAGGAGAAUGAUAGUGAUCCAACUUUACACUCAGUUGCCCAAUUCAAUCUUGAUGUAACUCAUAUUAGUCAUCCAGUUAAAUUUCCAAUAACAUACAAACAAUUCAAGUCAAAGAGAUGUCGUAUUAUUGAACCUCUUUAUGGACCACUUAAACAGAACUUUCCAGUGUUGAUUCAUUGCAUAGUGCCCGAUGCAGUCGAUGUAGAUGUGAUGAUUGACUCCAACUGGAGUCGAAGUCAAGAUUACCAUGAUCCCAUUUUCAAGAAAAUCGUAACAGUGGGCUCAAAAGAAGUGGAAGUUCUUGGAAAAUACGCUCAACAGAACACUUAUAUUUCAAUCUCAGCGCAAUCAUCAUCGUUUUUCUCAUAUUAUUCGAGUGCAUUGACAAAUAAUAGUGAAAUAUACUCACGCGAAGAAGGUUUUGGAGUAAAAUACUACUAUCAAGCAAUCAGAGUACGUGUCAAUACAACGGGCACCUAUACAUUCAAAAGUUCAGGUAGAAUUGAAGACACAUAUGGAUGUUUGUAUCAAGGAAAUUUUUACCCAAUGCAUCCGGAGUACAAUACGGUUGCGAAAGAUGAUGAUAGUGGUGGAAAUGGUCAAUUUUUAAUAACGGCUGUUCUCCGAUCUGAUCUGGAAUACAUCUUGAUAUUUUCAACAUAUCGUGAUCGAGUGACAGGAACAUUCGAAGUUUUGGCAUCCGGUCCAGAUAAUGUUUUCAAUCCCAUAGGUGUACUACCGAUAGACACAGUAACGACAACCAGUAGUACUACAUCCACUGUCACUACCACUACUUCUACCACCACUAUCACGACAACAACGACCUGGAACAAAAAUAUGACUGGAAUACUAUGCGCUGAUGAUCCACGAGGUUUGGAUUACCGUGGUACGGUAUCAGUGACGGAGAAUGGUCGAACAUGUCAACGAUGGGAUGCACAAAGUCCUCACAGACAUACAGUUUCUGGCGUUCUCUUGCCGUAUGAUGCUUCUCUUCGUGCUGCGGAAAACUACUGUCGAAAUCCUCUGAGUAAAGAUGCCAUGAAAGAUCGACCUUGGUGCUACACAAAUGAUCCAGCAGUUUCUUGGGAAUAUUGUUCUGUACCAAAGUGUUCUGCAUGGUCAUCAUACCCAGAAUGUCGUGUUUGCCCAGGCUCAGAUUACGAAAAUUCAUGCAUAGAUUGCGUGACAAGCAUCGAUUGCUGGCGGGGUUGUCGUUGUUACACUAUCGAUUUCAGUGAAUUAAUACUAACUAGAAUCCAGCUCAUACCAUCGCGUCCUUGCAAAUUAGUCAAUGCAAAAAGCCAGCUCCAAUGCCAGGGCUAUUGCUGA